AUGCCCACCACUCGACGAUCAACAGGCGCAACCCGCGGCCGCACCGGCCCUACAAAAGGUCAAUCAACAAUCAGCUUCGCCAACAAAGUCACCAAGAGCGUACCGAAAGAUGUAAAAGAUACUCUAGUAAAGCCGACGACCACCAAGAUCGAAGUUCCCGAGAGAACGAAACCCGCCGAGAAGAAGGUGGAAGAGGUUGUUGAAGACCCUGUAGACGAGCAGGAAGAUGAUGAUCAGGAAGAGCCUGAGAUCAAGGAGGAAGUUCCUGAAAAAUCUGAAGCAGAGAUAAAGGCUGAGAAGCUUACAAACUCGCAAAUCGACAAGUACUGGAAGGGUAUUGAAAAGGAGCGCAAGGCGCCAAGGGUGCACCAGGAGGGCCUGUCUGUGAACGACAAGGUUUUGCGAUACUUUGAUGUUAGCUCUCAAUAUGGGCCUUGCAUUGGAAUCGAUCGAAUGAAGAGGUGGCAAAGAGCGCACCGUCUUGGCUUGAAUCCUCCGAUUGAGGUGCUCUCCGUGUUACUCAAGGAGGAGAACAAUGCCAAUAAGGAGGCGGAGACAGCACAGAUGGAUCACAUUCUGAACUCUAUCGCCGUUGGGUCAUGA